GGGCGAAAAAGGCGCCAAAGGGCCGCGCCGGAAGUCGCCGCUGGCCUCGCGGAUGCCCGCGCCUCCCGUGAGUUGGAUUGGAAACAAAUACCUCCAAGACACACAGUUAUAUAAUGGCAAGUCAGAACAAAAAUGAUGAGCUCAGGAAGGUGUCAAAGAGACUCUUUGCCCCUCCAUUAACUAAACCCUACGCUCCCUUUGCUGAAGGGGAACCAGAGAUUCACAGGAAACGAGAAGAUGGCCAAACAAUUCCUGUUCCUCUGAACCACUCUGAAGUCAAUGGAUCUUCAGUCAAACCCAUAAAAGCACAUUAUUCAAAGGUCAACAUAAGAAGUCAAGAUAAGAAGCAGAAGAGAAGCACUAAGGAAGAAAAGGAAGCAAAGCAUGAGGAGGUUUCGAACAUUACCAAGAAUGUAGACAGAAAGGAAGAUGGUUACCUCACUGACUCAGUAUUUGAAGAGAUUGUUGAGUGUGUACUUAAGAAAUCUUUGGCGGAGUGCAUGGAAGACUUUAAGAAGAUAGCUCCUUCAGUUGAGGAACGAAGUCUGGGAAGGGAGACUCUGGACGCCUCUCUGCCUACAAGGGAAGCUGUCUCUGGAAAAGGAAGCAGAGAUGAAGGUGAGGCGAUGCUUCUAGAAGCAAAACAGCAGGAGCUUCAACCUGAGAAGAAGAUACACAGCAAGCUUUCUCUGGAGGAGGACAAACAUGAGACAAGUUGGUGUGUAGUAUGGGUCCAGUGCUCAUACCCAGCCUGUGAGAAGUGGAGACGCCUCAGCAGUGAUGUAGACCCAUCAGUUCUGCCUGAAAAUUGGUCCUGCAGCCAGAACCCAGAUCUUCAGUACAACAGCUGCAGCAUUCCUGAGGAAAUGUGGUCAGGGUCUGAGAAUGAGGUGGUCUACGCGGUUUAUAUUCCUGGGUCAAUUGUGUGGGCCAAACAGUAUGGAUACCCAUGGUGGCCUGGAAUGGUAGAAGCUGAUCCUGACAUUGGAGAAUACUUCCUGUUUUCUUCUCGAACAGAUUCACUUCCUUCCAAGUAUCACGUGACAUUUUUUGGUGACUCUGUGACCCGUGCAUGGAUCUCUGCUUCUAUGCUGAGGAACUUUAGCGAACCAAAUGCAGAGGAAAAUUGUCUGGCCAAGCCCAAGAGAAAAAGUGACAGGAAGAAUCUAGAAAGUGCUCAAAAGAUGGCAAAAGAAGCAGAACAAAUAAACAUUCCGGAGAGAAUAAGAACGUUUGGAUUCUGCAGCCGAUUCAAUGGGAAAGACCUCAAAGAUCUAGACAACCUGACCUGUCAUUCUCGUGCCAAGAAGACACAAGACCCAGGUGGCGGGAAUGAGAGCGCUGUGACAUCAAACAAGAGUCUGGACAAGCUUUUUCCUGGGACUUCAGUGGUGAGACCUGAUGGAAAGCAUAAGAAGAAAACCUAUGUGAAAAGGGACAAAAAAAGUUCCUCUUUAUCAAAAAAGAGCCAAAAAAAGGCAACGCCCACCAAAGCUGUAACUGAGCCCAAAGCAAGCAAGCCUGAAGAUGAUCAGAAAGGUCCAAAGAAGUCGUUUGUUGUGCCAAGGUAUAAGGACACUGAAGCCAAACGGCCCAGCUCCUGCACAGACAGCAGCAGUGCCAACUUACUGCCAUCUGAUCAUCCCAUUGAGAAGGGGAGUUUGGACCAGGUUAAAACCUAUCUGGAGGCAGAAAACAAUCUAGUGUUGACUAAAGUCACUAUGAGCCACGAGGAGCUGGAUGAGUUGAGGGCAUUUGGAGCUGAUGAAGAGGAAAUUUUUGGCAGCCAGGAAAUGGCUGUCUUUACUGAGGAGAAACAUUACUGUCCUGAAGACUUCUCCUCCGUCUUGUUUGAAGAGUAGCGCUUUGAAGGAAAAUAGACUUUUGAAAGGAUGGAUUAUUUCUGCCUGGGGAGCACUGAGGAUAAACAAAAGUGGACUACCACAGUAUUGGAGAAGAUGCCAAUAUAGUUUUAUUUCAUUUUACUUGGGGUUUAAUACAACUGACUUGUUCUAAACAUGGCAGCAAAACGAGUCUCUCCCAUUUCUUGCUUAAACAGGGAAGUGCAAGCACAGCCAUAAGCACAACUGAGGGGUUCUUGCAUAAACCUUGGUGCCAAAGACAAUCCAGGCCAAACCGCAUCACGACAGAGGCUUUUUUGGAAGUUGUUGUGCAGUGGUUUGUCAUUUGACAAAUGUUCAUAUUCAAAAUAUGUAGCAUUUUGGAAAAACCAAAUUGUUUAGCUGUAGUUCGGUUUAACUUCUA